CAAAUGUGUUUAUAGGAUGCAAUUGGGUGCGUGUGGCAGCGGAGCGAGUCAGCUGUGGGGAAGGAGCUCAGUUGUGUGAUGCUCGUCAACAAGGAUGUUACUGUAAAUUUGUCGGUUGAAGUGAAUAGAGAAGAGUACUUAAGUGGGUCGUUUGUUCUUCAUGAUUAGCUCGCGUGGUUUUGUACUUAGGGCAGGAGGAAGGCAGCUCUCGCGGGUUCUUGGUGGAUCAAGACCUCUAGAAGUGAGCCUGGACUCGUGUAACAAAGUCAACUGCCUAAGGAGCAAAUCAUCGGAGACAUCAGAUAGUACCGUCUUCUGCACUCAAACCACAAUCAUGCCAGAGACGAAGGAAAUGUAUCCCUUACUCGAGAAGCUUGGGCUGCUGAAUGCUGACCACAUACGCAUCAAGAACCUAUCCCGAGUGGAAGAACUGGUGACAACCAUUACAGAGAGUGGCUUCUCCAGUCUGCAGCUGGUGGUGGACUUUGACUACACUCUGACACGCGUUCAUAUGGGAGGACAACGGUGCCAGUGUUCGUGGGGUAUUAUGGACAACAGUUCUCUCAUGCCAGCAUUCUACCGUGAGGAGGCCAAUAAGUUGCUGGCCAAAUAUUAUCCCAUUGAGAUUGAUCCUAAGAUGAGUGAGGAGGAAAAGAUCCCACACAUGAUUGAGUGGUAUGAACAGAUCCACAAGCUGAUAGUUAAGUGCCAAGUUAGUCAAGAGUCACUGGAAGGAAUGGUCAGCUCCAGCAAUGCUAGGCUCAGAGAUGGAACAGAAGAGCUGUUGAGUAAGCUUCACACUGCCAAUGUUCCUGUGCUAGUGUUCUCUGCUGGAAUGGGAGACAUUCUGGAGCAGGUUCUGAAGCAUUUUGAUGUUUACACUGACAAUGUCAAAGUUGUCUCAAAUUUCUUCCAAUACAAUGAUGAGGGUGUUAUGAUUGGCUUCAAAGGUGAUCUAGUUCAUGUUUUCAACAAAAACGAAAAUGCUAUUCAUUCAUCAGACUACUUUGAGAAGCUUGAAGGACGAAAUAACGUGAUACUUAUGGGAGAUUCUCUUGGUGACAUCAAAAUGGCCAUGGGUGUUCCACAGCCAAGUAACGUCUUAAAGAUAGGCUUCCUCAAUGAUAAGGUUGAAGAACGACUGGAGGCAUACAUGAACAAUUUUGACAUAGUUCUUAUUGAUGACCAAACCAUGGAUGUUGCUGGGUUAAUUGUAGGCUUAAUGAAAUGAUAACUUAGUACUGUACCAAUAAAUCAUAUCAGGCAGCAGAUCAAAGCCCCCACAGUACACAUGGUUAGUGCUGUUAUAAACCAAAUAUUCAGAUACUGUAUCUCAUUUUAUAUUCUGACAUUCACUGGAAUUGUUGGUGUGUAAUUUCUUUUUGUUACUCUCCUGGGACUUGCAAUUUAUAUUACUGUAAACAAUUUUAAAUAAAAUAAUUUGCAUUGCUAUUACUUUUUAAAUUUAAUUGCAUUACUCUUGGGCUUUUAAAUGGAUUACAUUGCUCUUAAAACUUAAAAAAAAAAUUAAUUUAAACAUUUAAAAGUUAUUUGAUUUGUAGAAUUUGCAAAGUAUAAUAAUUGUUAAAUGUGCCUUGUAACUUUUUAAACAUGCAGAGAAUGUCAAAAUAAUUUAUAAGGGUCCAGGACGGGCCAAAACGUCAUCACUCUAUUUUUGUUUUGUGUAUUUCGGGUGGGUUAUUUUAAGCUUUAAUACAUGUGGAGUAAAUCAGACUACCUAUGGUUCCCACUCAGGCCAACCCCUCUUUUUAGACGUUUAAUUUGUAUGCAGUAAUGCUAAUUACAAUAUAGUAAUUGCACAGUACUAUUGAAAUUGUGCAAAAUUUAUCUUAAUUCUUAAUGAUGGUCAUGAAUUUUUUACUUGAACUAAAUGACUGCAGUUGCGUUAUGAAACUGUGACAUUGUAUUUUAAUCGUUUUAUAAAUUUUGUUUAUACGGCAAAACUUUCAUCGUACAAUCCGUUAAGCCAGGUGUUGUCCACUUAACAUUACUAUUCCUCGUUAUAUUCAAAGUUUUAUUAAUUGUUGACAUGUGGUUAAAAACUAUGGUUAACCACAGUGAUGAUGAACGUGCUGGUAUUGGAACUUCUGCAUUGUGUUAGUAGUAAAACUACUUCUACAGUGGAAAAGAAGCUGUAAAGAUGUGUGCUGUAAGCUACCUUUUCACCCGUAAUUUUGUCACUGCGGUGCUCCAUAGAAUAAGUCUUGUACAAUGAGUAAUUUUCUGUAAAGAUUAAAUUAGGAUAACAUAUUUUUUAUAGAAGUGAUUUAUUGUUAUGUUGGAUUAUAUACAUUGCAGAAGAUAUAAGUGUCCAUUUAUGAGUAUACUCUCAUAAUAUUUCCAGUAUAAAAUAAAUACAAAAAAAAUUUGAA